CGCGCGACAUCAAUAACAAUGGCAAACCGUGGUCUGUUUUGGUAGGAGAUUUGUGAUUGGAGCUAGACGGUCAGCAAGCUUAGUCGCUGUAUCCAUGUCUUAUUUCUUUUUUUAAAUUGGCGAGUUUUAUUUCUAGAUAAGAGUGUUCGUCCAUUGAUAUAUAUUUCGUUUUUACAUUUUUUUUUCUCGAAAAUGUGCGAGGCGCUGUUGGCAAGCUCACACAGUCCGUGCAUGUGUGUCCCUGCUGCUUUUCUGCUGGGCUACAGCUACUAACCUAGCUGCUUUUCACUCGGUGGUUAGCUAACGUUAGCCUGCCCGCUUUUUAUUGACUUGAGGGGGGAAAACACAACCGAAUGUAAAGCGUGUUUGUGUGAUUUGUUUUAUGACAACACCCUUUAACUAUUUUCUAAUCGUUGCUGUCGGAUACGAUAAGAAGUGUUGUAUGAUUUGUCGUAGAAAAUACUUUGCUGGCUAGCUAACAGGCUAGCUAUUUGUGUGUAUUCUUCGACUGAGGAAAACGGCGAGUUUUCUUUGAAAGUAUGGAUGACCAGACCAGGAUGAUGACGGGUCUCACCGGACUCGGUGGACUAUCACAAGCCGAUGUUGGUGACCCAGACUCGGUUAGGAAACAACAGUCCCUCGGCCAACCUCAACAAGACAUAGGGGAUAUCCUACAGCAAAUAAUGGCCAUCACCGACGAAAGCCUGGACGAAGCACAGGCCAGAUGCUGGCCAGAGGAAUCGCCGGCGCAUUGGGGUGGAUCAGACGACCCCACAGAGGGAGGGAGAGCAGGGGGGGGCAUGGCAGGGGGUGGCCUGCCACUCAACUUCCAGCACAGGAAGCAUGCCCUGAACUGUCACAGGAUGAAGCCAGCCCUCUUCAGCGUUCUCUGUGAGAUCAAAGAGAAGACGGUGCUGAGUAUACGAGGUGUGCAGGAGGAGGACCCCCCAGAUCCCCAGAUCAUGCGGUUGGACAACAUGUUGUUAGCAGAGGGUGUGUCAGGACCAGAGAAGGGCGGAGGGUCGGCUGCAGCGGCUGCAGCUGCAGCAGCAGCAGGGGGCUCACCCACCGACAGCAGCAUCGAACACUCGGACUACAGAGCCAAGCUUGCCCAGAUCCGCCAGAUCUAUCACUCUGAGCUGGAGAAGUAUGAGCAGGCCUGCAGUGAGUUCACCAACCAUGUAAUGAACCUGCUGAGAGAGCAGUCUCGCACACGGCCCAUCUCUCCCAAGGAGAUUGAGCGCAUGGUGGCCAUCAUCCACCGCAAGUUCAGCUCCAUUCAGAUGCAGCUCAAACAGAGCACCUGCGAGGCCGUCAUGAUUCUGCGCUCACGCUUCCUUGAUGCCAGACGUAAGAGGCGCAACUUCAACAAGCAAGCUACAGAAGUGCUGAACGAGUAUUUCUACUCCCACCUGUCUAACCCUUACCCUAGCGAGGAAGCCAAGGAGGAACUGGCCAAAAAGUGUGGGAUCACUGUGUCUCAGGUCUCUAAUUGGUUUGGCAACAAGAGAAUACGCUACAAGAAGAACAUUGGUAAGUUCCAGGAGGAAGCGAACCUCUACGCAGUUAAAACAGCGGUGGAUGCUGCCAAUGUGUCUGCGCAGGCUAGCCAGGCUAACUCUCCGGCAACCCCCAACUCAGGUGGAUACCCUGCACCGUGCUACACACCUGACGGGCGGCUAUGAGGAGCUGUCGGGUAGUGGCCUCUACACCCCUCAUCGCCUGGAUAAUACUCUCUUCCCUGACUGUUUGCAGGCUAACAGCUGGCAGGACACCACCAACCCCCCCUCGGUCACCUCCCCUCCUGGUCCUCCUGGCAGCGUCCACUCCGACACCUCCAACUGAUUCGGUGGCUCUCCCUGCCAUCACUUCAUUCCCACUGUGGUCUGCUCUGACUACCAUCUUCUGUCCUUGUUUUUUCACUAUUCCCUCGUCUCUCAAGUACACAGCCACACAAGGCUGUACUCGCAUCUCAUAAACACAAACUGUGCUGGAACACAGGACAGCCGAACAGUAGUUAGGAGGAAUUCUCCCUCCAGCCCACAGCUCCACUUCCAUGCUAGAAGCUCCUAAACUCAGAAUAAAAAGAGGCACGGAGCUUACUGAUGCCGAGACAGAUAAGACAACAUCUUUACUUUCAAGGACUUUUUUGAAAACCACUGACCCAGCCGUGUAGGUGAUCAUGAUGUCUGUACAUUAUGUGUAUAUGCACGUUAACUUCACACAGUACUCACACAGCUUGUCCAUGUGCUGUUGACCUCUGCACUCGACCCUUUGCUUUGGAAAACUGUGUGUGAUUGCCUGUAUCUCUUGAAGCCUUGGCAUUUGACAGCCAAACUGUUGAUACGGAUCACCAGGGAGCUCUGCUCACCUUGCUCGUACCAAAGUGCUGCCCCGGUAGUUGUCAACACAUCUGUUCCUCCGAGAUCACCCUCUGCCAACUCAACACAAGACACUGUUGUAUCUCCCAGUCCUUAUAGCUUGCUGUUUCAUUCUGUUGAAGAUUUCAAAGUGAAUAAUUGAGAUGUGCACUAAUGUGCAUGCACCCUCCUUCCGUAACACAUACACACCUCAAAACGUCGUUUUCAUAGUGAGCUGACAUAAAAGAUGUGUCAAGCACAAAAGUUAGCAUCCUUGUUAUGGGUGUCUACCUGUAAAAAGGUAGUUAAGGGGAUCACUGUUCUAAAGCGGACAGGUGAUAACAGGGCUGGUGAGAAGAGGAGGAAAGGGCAGAGAGGAGAAUAUCGUUUGUUGAGUGGAUGUAACUAAGAGCCCUUUUUUGUUGCUAACCAAUAGAGGGUGUUGGUAGACUGCUUGUAGACUUAACUUCCUGCUUUCUGUCCACUAGUUUAUUUGAUUGUAGGCUAUUUUCUAAUGCUGUUUCACCAAGAAUGCACCAGCCACCACCAAAAAUGAGCUCAGUAAAAGCAUCUAAAUGACAUUAGGAGGAGGGUGGAGAGAUUGUGGGGCACUGAUGUGUUAUUGGGACAAACGUGACAUGAAUUUAGAAACGUGACUGUCUUCCAUGCAUGUAGGACUUCUAGGCGUGAUAUUAUUGUUUUCAUUUAACCUUCCGAGUUUUUAGCUUUGUUUUUAUUAACAAAAAAAAUAAAAGGGUAUAAUUAUUACAGUCAGACCAAAAAGGAAAGUGCAUCAUGUAUUGCUAUGAUGUGUGUCUCUCGUGUGGGCGUGUGUGUACAGUGUUCUUGGGAUGUCUUAGUCAAACUGGCCAGUGCCCUCUGACCUUUGUAACCAUUAGAGACUGGGUGCUUCCGCCAGCCAAUGACACACCGGGUGGGGUUCAACUGAGAUCUCCUCCCCAUCUUGAAACAUUUUAAGCUUGUGAGCCCGAGGCAACACACUACAACCUUCUGUUGUAACAAAACCAAAAAUAACCACGUUCAGCAAUGUAAUAAUGCUACUCUGUGUCUCUCUAAAGUUGGUGCACAGCCAGCUUUUUUCAGUUUGAGGAGAGGAGGGAAUUAUAUUUGUAUCUGUGUCUCUCUGUGUGGUGUUGUCAUGCCUCAAGUUGAUUUGAUUUAUUUGGGGGCGGGGGGUUGUUGUGGGGCGUCAUGGGAGGGUGGAUGGAGUGAGGACUGUCAUCACACCUGUAAUUUGAUUGUGAGCAUAGAAGGUAUGCUCUCCCCUUUUCCCAUCCUUUUUUAAUACCUUACGGUAAAACCACAACUAUUGUUUGUAGUUCCAUGGCCAAUUGGGCAAGGGCUUCUCUCUCUCCUGUUACCAAAAAAAAAAAAAGAGGCAGCACUGGGUGUAGUAAAACUCUUAACUUGUGUUUAAGACAAACUUGCAACGUUUUUGGGGAUUUUCAUUCUUUGGAACUAUUUUAUACAUUAACUGUUCUGUGAAUAACAAAGCAUUUUGAUAGUAAGGUAAAGCCUUAUGAAAAUUUAAGUGUCAGUCAAGACUUUAUUGAACCAUAUGUUACAGAACAAAACUUGAGCUUAUAAGCUGGUCACGUGUGAUAUCCCGCAUCUAAUUACUUGUUUUGUUACUCAUCGCAGUUCAUACGACUGUAUCUUAUAACGUUAUCGCCACACCAAAUUAUCAUGCCCCCACCCCCCCACCCCCCUCCCCGUUUUCUACCUGUUGUAAUGGAUGUCACUGUACAGUUUGUGUAAUGUUUCAGUAUUUUUUUUUUCUUUUAUAAACUUUGAUGUUUGGUUGAGAUGCCAGUUUUAUUUGGCCUUUGUGUCACAGGAUUCACAAUAACUCUGUAUCAAGUUUGAAUAUUAUUUAGGACUUUUUGUUACAUAACCAGGUGGCAAUGUAGGGUUCACAGGUGUAACAUUUGGUGCUGUGGGAUUUAAUCAGCUGAGGUUCUCUAGCAGACAUUGAUUUAUGGACCCUCUUCCUAGCUGAUCUCCCUUCAGUUUCUACUUUUUCCACACUUCCCUAGUCAGUCACUUCCCCAAAUAUCCACCCCUUUGUGCUUCAUUAAAUUUAAAAGCUUUUCUGAAACCUGAAAUCAUGCCAUUAAAUCAGAAGUGUGUGUUUAUGGAGCGGUUUAAGCAGUAUAUUUGCAUGCAGGACGUUAAUACUAAAUGUAGUUUUAAUUCUUGUGAAAUUGUGAAACAGGAAGUGAGAGACCUUCACAUUAAAGCAGAUGGUCUACGCUACACAACGUGUACCACAUAUCAAGGCUGAGUUCUUACCGCUUCUUCCCUGCCUUUCCAGUUUCCCUGUCAAAUAAAGCCAAAAGCAGAAAUCUUUAAAAAAUAAUGAGUACAGAGACGUCAGUGUAUGCAUUGUAUUUUUGCAACAGAUUUACAAUUCUAAAACAUAGAUCUUAAUUUUAUGUCUUACUAUUGAUCAUGUUUAAAUCUUGUUUUGAUUCUGCAAGUGACUAAAUGACUUCCACAGCACCAAAUGGUUUAACCCUUUUUAAUUUGUUUUUAUUAGUAUUUGUAUCUCCCCUCUUUCCCUUGUAUUUACCCCUCUCUCUACCUCUGUCUUUCCAUUUCUCUUGUAUAUAACCCCCACUGUUUUCAGACGUGUGAGUCUGUAUGAACUCCUUUUAUACCUCAACUUUAGAAUUGUUCUAGAAAGAGUAAAAACAAAAAGGAAGAAUAUGACAAAUUGUAGUGUUCUUAUUAGAAAAUUAAUAAAAUGAUUUAGUGUGA